GCAGCCAUUGCUCACUUACACGUCAGAGUCAAGAGUUAAACCAUGGACCCCCGUACCAGUGCCCAGGACGUGUUGCGAUGUGACCUGUGUAAGACCGCUGUGGUACAGAUGCACUGUGAUACGUGUCUUGUCAACCUGUGUACAGCUUGUGUAGGGAAACAUAUGAUGUCUGAUGAAUCCAAGGACCACAAGGUCGUCAAAUUUCAGUCAAGGAAAUCCACCCCCCUCUACCCUGGAUGUAAAUCUCAUUCCCCAGACCAAUGUAAAAUGUACUGUAAUAAAUGUGGCAUUCCUGUUUGUACAAAGUGUCUAGUAUCUGAUCAACACCUGGGUCAUAAGUUAUCAGAAAUCGUACAAAUCGUGGAGGAGAAAAAAGACAAAAUCACCAAAGAACUAACUGAAUUAAAUGAAACAAUUUACCCCACCUACCAUGACAUUGCCUUUGAUGUACAAAAUAGAAUGAGUCAGUUAGAAAAGGAAUUUGGAGAACUCUCAACAGCCAUAACAAAACAUGGAAAGGACUGGCACAGAGAAAUUGACAAACUUGUCAAGGAACUUAAAGCAGAAAUUGAUGAGAUGAAAAACACACAGUUACAAACUCUACAGAAACAUCUGGACGAAAUAAACAAGACAAUGUCGGACAUCAAGGAAGAAAUCAAAUCAGUUGAAAUGGCAAUAGAAACACAUGACUUGUCAAAACUGUUUAGAGUCGCUUCCAAUGUAAAUAGAUACAAAAACCUACCACAAAAACUAGCAUCUACUUUAUCAAAAUUCAUUCCAGAAAAAAUUCAAGGAGAGAAACUCAGUAAAAUGUUUGGAACUUUAUCAUUUAGUUCUUUGACUUCAGAUCAACAUGGUUACAGCAUGAAGACAACACAGAAAUUACCAAAAGCUGGGUCCUCUCCUUCAGUCAAACAGCUGCUCGAUGAACCAGAGACUGUCACCACCAUAGACACUGAGUAUGAAUGCCUUUAUGAAGUGGCUUGUCUGAAUGAUAAAGAAAUCUGGACAAGAGGAAGUGGCUGCAUGAUGAAACUCUACAGCAUCAAUCAGGGAUCACUACUCAAGUCAAUCACAACCAAGUCAGGGAACAUGCCAUCUGACAUAGCAGUGACAAACAGUGGAGAUCUAGUUUAUACUGAUUACUGGGAUAGAACUGUGAACAUUGUGAAGAAUGAGAAGAUAGAGGAGAUCAGACUACAGAACUGGUUACCUCGCAGUGUCUGUAGUACCUCUUCUGAUGAUCUCCUGGUUAUCAUGUACAGUGAUGUGUACAAACAAACAAAAGUUGUCCGUUAUUCUGGCUCCACAGAGAAACAAUCCAUUCAGUUUGAUGAUAAAGGUAAACCUCUCUUUUCAUCUGGUACGUAUUACAGAUACAUUACAGAGAAUAGGAACCUGGAUAUCUGUGUGUCUGACGAGGGAGCUAAAGCAGUUGUGGUUGUCAAUCAGGCCGGGAAACUGAGAUUCAGGUACACUGGACAUACUCCUACUCCAAAGAACAAACCAUUCACUCCGGGAGGAAUCACCACAGACAGUCAGAGUCACAUCCUUACAGCUGAUAUGAAUAAUGGCUGUGUCCACAUCAUAGACCAAGAUGAACAGUUCCUCCGUUACAUAAACUGUGGACUGUUUCGACCAUGGGGACUGUGUACAGAUACAAAUGACAAUCUGUUUGUUGCUCAAUGCAGAAACAAACAAGUGAUGAAAAUUAAAUACAUCUGUUGAUUUGAGGGCUGU